UGCGGAUUUUGGUGCGGAACGCCGAAGUUUUGUAAAAAAAAAAAAAAAAAAAAUCCCUUGGUUGUUUGUAAACCAACGGCAAGUCCACUGCAAUGUCUGUCAAACACAGCUGCUCAUUAUUCGACACAUUUUCAACCGGAUAAUCCCGAGUUGGCGUUUGGAUUAUUGCUCCUGCUGUGUUUCAGUAGGUAGAGAAAUCAAUUCAUCGGAUCAGUCAGGACCGGAUUUAGUUUCUGUGGACUUCAAGAUUAUUACUGGACAUUUUUUUUCUCUCCUCAUUUCAGAAGCUGCAAUUCAACGUUUAGACUCUCAAACAGAAGUUGCACUUGCAAGUGGUCACACUGUUUGUGGACUGGGAGUGGAGACCCGAGACGCACACGUGUAUCCUCCUUCCUCCGCCUGCUCACACAGCGACCCUUCGGCGCUCUCUGGAUAAAAGUUGUUUUUCUUUCUGUUUGGGAUUUCGUUUAAAACAGGAAGAGAAAGUCACAGGCAACAUGUCGCUAAGCAGAAGUAUUGAAUUUGAACACUUUGAGGAACGAGAGAAGCCGCACCGGACACCGAGGACCAAUUCGGGCUCCGGGUCCCAGUCUGGCUCUAGAGGCAACGGUCUGGUCCCCAGCCCGGCGCACAGUGCGCACUGCAGUUUCUACCGCACACGCACUCUCCAGUCCCUCACAUCCGAGAAGAAGGCCAGAAAAGUGCGAUUUUAUCGCAAUGGAGACAAAUAUUUUAAAGGUUUGGUGUAUGCCGUUUCUAACGACCGGUUCAGGUCCCUGGAUGCUCUGCUCAUGGAGCUCACACGGUCCCUGUCGGACAACGUCAACCUUCCUCAAGGAGUCCGGACGUUAUACACGUUGGAUGGAGGCCGGAAGAUCACCAGUUUGGAUGAGUUAGUAGAGGGUGAGAGUUAUGUUUGCGCCUCCAACGAACCCUUCCGACGCGUGGACUACAGCAAGAACAUCAACCCCAACUGGUCAGUGGGCAUUAAGACCGGCACAUCGCGCUCCCUCUCCUCUCUCAUCCCGCUGAAGAGUGAACUGCAGCGUGAAUCCAAGGACUUCAUCAAACCGAAGCUUGUAACAGUCAUCCGCAGCGGCGUCAAACCGCGCAAGGCAGUUCGGAUACUGCUCAAUAAGAAGACGGCGCACUCCUUCGAGCAGGUGCUCACUGACAUCACGGAUGCCAUCAAGUUGGACUCUGGAGCUGUGAGGAGACUGUAUACUUUGGAGGGCAAGCAGAUUACCUGCCUGCAGGACUUCUUUGGUGAUGAUGAUGUGUUUAUAGCAUGCGGCCCAGAGAAGUACCGCUAUGCCCAGGACGACUUUGUGUUGGAUCACAGUGGUAAGGCUUCCACAGCCUUUAUGACUGAAUGCAGAGUGCUGAAGUCAUCCUACAGCCGCUCUGCUACUCCGAACCGGACAGCUAAGAGCCCUGGACCUUCACGACGCAGCAAGUCCCCUGGUGCAGCAAGGCGAACGGUCCACUACUCCACCAGUCAGUCUCCAAUCAAAUCCCCAGUAAAUGGUGUCUCAGGUAGCCAGAUCUCAACUCCGAAGUCCACUAAGUCCUCCACUCCAUCUCCCACCAGCCCCCGAACCAACCCCAGUUUUAAGAUACCUCCGUCACAUCAUAUCUCCUCCUCAAAUGUAAAUGGGUCAUUGAACAACCACCAAGAGCAAAGCAAUCGACUGAGUCCAGAGGUUAAUGGCAACCGCUACCUGCCUGCCUCCACCAUUUUGGAAAAAUAUGAAGUUGGGAAGGUCAUUGGAGAUGGCAACUUCGCUGUGGUGAAGGAGUGUAUGGAGAGGUCCACAGGAAAAGAGUUUGCUCUGAAGAUAAUCGACAAGGCCAAGUGCAGUGGAAAGGAGCACCUCAUUGAGAAUGAGGUGGCAGUGCUGCGAAAGGUGAAACACCCCAACAUCAUUAUGUUGAUCGAGGAGGUGGACACUCCCUCUGAACUGUACCUGGUUAUGGAGCUUGUCAAGGGAGGAGAUUUAUUUGAUGCCAUCACCUCCUCGGCCAAAUACACAGAGAGAGACGCCAGCAUCAUGGUCUACAACCUCGCUGGAGCUCUGAAGUACCUGCACAGCAUGAACAUCGUCCACAGAGAUAUUAAACCAGAGAACCUGCUGGUGUUUGAGUACCCAGACGGCACCAAGUCAUUGAAGCUUGGGGACUUUGGCCUGGCCACAGUAGUGGAGGGACCCCUGUAUACUGUAUGUGGCACUCCAACAUAUGUGGCUCCUGAAAUCAUAGCAGAGUCUGGUUACGGUCUGAAGGUGGAUAUCUGGGCUGCAGGUGUAAUCACCUACAUCCUUCUGUGUGGCUUUCCUCCAUUUAGAAGUGAGAGCAACUUGCAAGAGGACCUGUUCGACCAGAUCCUUUUGGGGCGACUGGACUUUCCCAGUCCUUAUUGGGACAACAUCACCGACUCAGCCAAGGAGCUGAUUGGAAAGAUGCUGCAGGUCAACGCUGAGGCUCGAUACACAGCACAAGAUGUCCUUUCCCACCCAUGGGUCACGGACGAUGCAGUCACAGAGAACAACAUGAAGAUGGAGGUGACAGGUAAACUGAAGACGCACUUUAACACUGCGCCAAAGCACAACAACACCACAGCUGGUGUGUCGGUCAUCAUGAGCACAGCUCUAGAUAAGGAGACCCUACAGCUCACUGCCCGUCGUUGUCCAGGCCCCCAAACAUCCCCAUGUUCAACUUCGCCAGCUUGCAAGAAAGUCCCAUCUGACCUUCCAAUCAAACCAGCCUCACCAACAAAGUCAGGACCAGCUUCUCCAACCAAACAAGCAUCAUGCGCCAAAGUACCAAAACCUGCCAAGCUGGCAUCACCCACCAAGACCAGGGGGACUGCUGUGCUUGAUGCUACAUCCACCUCUAAUCCUCCCUGCUCUCAACCCCAGAAGGAAAAUGGGCUGUUAACUGCUAAGCUUCAUCUCCCUUCCACUGCUCCUGUAAGUUCGCUUCAGUUCUCCCCUUCACCCUCCACUGAAACUUUCCCCAUCACCUCCUUACUGGUUUCAUCCCCUCCUGAAAUAAGAACAUCACCCACAUCACCCUCUGCUGCUCCUUGCUCAUCUCUAGAAGCUCCCUCACCCUCAGGCCCUCCUGAUCUCUUUACCUGCACAACUCCUUCUACACCUGUCUCCAAUCCUUCUCCAUCAUCUCCUACCAAACCAGCUUCUCUCUCUCCCUCUUCUCCUACCAAAGAAGCAAUGCCCCAGGCAAAACAAGCUACCCCUUCCCCCAUCUCCCCCAUCAAACCCGGUGUAUUCUUUCCUCUCUCUUCCCCAACAAAACAAGAACCUUCCUCCCCUUCUCCCACCCAUCCAGCCCUGUUUCCCUCUCCUCCUUCUACACCUCCCAGAUCCACAACCCCGCCCUCUCCAACUGGCCCUCCAUCCCCCAGCCCUCUACCUGCUGAAGAGCUUGUGGAGAAGGUUUAAAUGUCUGGGCUAAUCUGUAGCCAAUUUCACCCGCCACUCCUCCUCUUUCCAUAUGUGUAUCAUUAGACAUGGGGUGAGGAGAGUACACAUCCACCUUGAGCAUUUCCAGUAGCUGUAAACUGAGCCAGUGACUUCUGUGUCCACAUUAUUUCUCUCACUCUUAUGACUUUCCACUCAUUUCCCGAGACGGAGGAUGCGAGGCAUUUUCUAAGAGUUUGUUGAUUGUAUAUAUAGGUUUGUAUUUAUUAAUGGAGGAUGUGGAGAAAGGGAAUGAAAGUAAUAUCACUGUUCAGAGUGGUUGUCUUUGGAAGUCAUGCAUUACUGUAUCACAUUAAUGUGAAUUCUUUCCCUUAUUUAUUAUCCCAUUUUGACUGCCUGUGGUUCUUUUGUAAAUAGAUAUUCAUUACACAGAAACAUCCCAAUGUGGUGUCUUUUUUGCUUUAGCACAGAGACAGUGUGUCCAUAAUACAACUAUUUCAGCAUAUCGAACUUCUGAACUUGCUAGCCUAGCUACCUGCAAUGUUUUGGCACAGUUAUAUCUCACUAAGCUAACUAUAACCACUAUCAGUAUUUUCUCUGGCAACAACCAUUCUAAUGAUAACCACAAAUCUGCUCCUGUGAAAUGUAACUACAAAAUAAAAGGUACAGAGGGUGGACAAAAUAAAUGUCACAGUUACCAAAGUAUCAAUUCCCUGUGAGUUCGACCUUUUUGCCUUGUGACCCCUUCAAACAAAACUUUGUCAACUUAAGACCCCUCACAACAAGUGCAUAUGUCUAUGUAUUGUGACCAUUUCAACCAAAGAUUCAAAUUGCUCUAUAUAAAUACUUUAAGGGGCCUGAAGAUAUAAAAACUUUAAUUCAAAAGCAUAAAGUAACCAUUACGGAACAAACCCCCAAAAAUAAACUGGAGAUAUCUGAAAAACCUGGUCAGGUAAAAACCAAAAUAAUUUAUAAAAGUCCAUUUGGUACAUUAUUUUGUACACCCCCUGUAACUGACAGACACACUGACACAUUCAUUCACAUGUUGACUGUGUGUGUUUUUUGGUGUGAACCUUUGAACCUUAGCUGUCCACCUGAAACUUGAAAGGUUGCUUUUGCCUUUGUAUGUCUGAACAGUUGUGAGCCUCAAAGUCAUGACUGUAGUACAGAACAUUAGAGAAAAUACUGUGGAUCCAACAGACAUGAAACCAAUCUGUAGGCCUGUUUCAAUGCUGUACUGCUUAAAACUUCACAGACAAGAUGCACAGUCUGGUUUUAAUCAAGCACCAGUUAAGAUAAUUCCCACUGACAACACUACACCGUGGGCUGCAUGAAAUUAGUCAACACUGCUCCUUCAAAAUAUUCAAUCAGUGGUUUUUGGUAUGUUGGAUUUACACAGUAAGAAUGAAUGUGUUGUCAAGGUGACAGGUGUGUGCCUCACCACUGGCUAACUGCUCAUAGCUUAAUGAUGCCUUUUAUCAAAACCAGCUUAGCUGAAAAAUGGGAUUUCAAAAAGUGUGUGUCCUACAUUAAUUUGAUAAGUGAUUUGUUUUGUCCUUGUUUUUACCUGUUUUUAACUCCUCAGCAUUUAUCCCAGCUGGUGUUUAGUAGGGCUAACUCCUCCCUUGGCUCAACAUGCCUCUUUUUCUCUUCAGGACUCUCAGCUGCAUGAAUACUCCUUCCCCACUUUCAUGGCCUCCCUGUAAGACAAACCCCUCACAGAGACACACAGUCAAGUUGGUCAUUUAGCUUCUCUUAUGUAUAUGUAGUUGAAGUAGAGCAUCAUAGCAGUUUGUAAAGGGAAAUUUGUAUGAAGACGGUUUUAAAAAACAGGUAGAUCAAUGUGUCAAACUGGAUUAAUGUUUUUAUUAGGCAUAGAGUGGCUGCUUUUAAUGUCCCACUAUUUUGAAAGAGCAAAGAGCAAAAAAUAAAAACGCAAU